AUGGAAUCAUCAGAUAGCGGUGUUUUAUUGUUUCCUAAAACAGAUGUUCCCAUUGAUAAAUUUGUCUUGCAGGGUGAAUUCGAAACAUUACAUCCAGGCCAAUUCAUCAUUGAGAUAACUAAUCAAAAACACAAUCCACUUUCAAUAUGGUAUCAGAUUAAGCAAACUGAUUUGCCCGUAUGUCAUCUAUUCGAAGGCAUAGUCAAUUUAUUUUACACUGACGAUCUUGAUCAACGAGAGCUCAUUAAAAUUCGCAAUUUUUCAGAUAAACUGGAUAAUGCAGUAUUCCCAUUUGUUGAUCAACUGUUAGAUGGUAAGAAAACAUUGACGGAAAUGACUGAUCUCGAAAAUAUUUUUCGUGGAGAAAACAUACAUAUUCCAUACGAAGUCGAAAAACUGUUGAUUAAUCGAUCGAAAAAAGGAGAACAACAGUCAAGAAUCACAUACAAUGAACAAGAGAUCAAAGGAAUCUGUGAAAGCUUGCAAAUCUUUCAAUACUAUAGUCAUAUUGAGGUUAUUAUCAAUUGUAUUAAAACAUUUGCUAUUAUUUCUGAUACAAAUGGUAAUGAGAUUAUCGCUAAUCUCGAACAACAACUGAGUAGCAAAAAAGAAUGUAUCUUAAAAAAUAUCUCUGGUGAAUACAGAAUAUUAACGCAAGAAUUUCAAGAUAUUAAAAGUAAGCAUUUGGAUCUGAUUAAAACAGCAAAUGAAUGUCGUGUUAUUGUUGGCUUAAUGAAAGAAUUCGAUUUGUAUUCAACGCAGGGUCGACAGAAAUUUCAAGCACUACGAGACAAUUUGACUAUACAGUUUCAAUUACAAGAACGCAAUAAUAUGAUUUUAAAUUCAUUUAUUAUUGCCUAUGCUUUAUGUGAACCAUUUGUUCUCAAAGCCAAUACAUUGCAGGAAUUUGUCAGUCGUAUUGUCAAUUUAUCGAAUUUUGAUUCAAAUUCACUUAAGAAUAUGAAAGGUAAAAUAAUUUUUAGUAUUGCAUUUCAUCAAUUUAUUCUCUACGAAUUGUUACUCUGA